AUGACCGCCGUCUUCCUUCGUAGGCAUUGGACAUGUUUUGGCACGAGGACUGCCUAAAGUGCGGCUGUUGUGACUGCCGCCUUGGAGAAGUGGGCUCCACGCUAUACACCAAAGCGAACCUCAUCCUCUGCAAGCGGGAUUACCUAAGGUUGUUUGGGACCACAGGGUAUUGUGCUGCCUGCAACAAAGUAAUCCCUGCUUUUGAAAUGGUAAUGCGAGCAAAAAGCAAUGUGUAUCAUCUCGAAUGUUUUGCCUGCCAACAAUGUAAUCACAGGUUUUGUGUUGGUGACCGUUUCUACCUAUGUGACAACAAAAUCCUGUGCGAGUACGACUAUGAGGAGCGCCUGGUUUUUGCCAACAUGGUGUACAACCCCAGCAGCCUCGCGCACAUACGAAGGCAAGUCAGUAAUUUGCAGCCAGCAGGAGACAAUUUAAACAUGAGUUAUGAGAAUCAGCAUUCUCCCCAGCCGCCACCGCCACCACUACCACCGCUACAACCAGUACAGCCAACUCCUCCACCCCCACCACUUCCGUCAGCAGCAGCAGCAGCGGCUGUGGUAGCAGCAACAGCGGGGCCUGUUGCAAUUGCUCCACCGCCCCCCAACCAUCCACCCCUCUACAGCGAAAAGACAACUUUGGCACCCCCAAGUACCAAUCAACACUUGAGGGAUGAUGGCUCAAGUGGAUAUGGCAGUCCAGAUUCUGAGACAUUCGAUGCACCCUGCAACUGAUAAAAAUGAUAUAGUGUUUCACACUAUCAUUGUGGAGGGGUUAAAAGGACAAGAAAUCUACAGCUAAGCAAUUUUUCUCCAUCAGAGUGUUGUUAUAUCCUGAAUAUUUAUAUAUAUAUAUCCUGAAUAAUGUUGUCUACAUUUACCUUGAACUUGGUUACAAAUCAUCACAUGAUAAUGCAUGUUAUAAAUCUGUACAUAAAACUUACUGUUUUUAUUAUAUAUAU